CAGUGGUUUUUCAAGAGGCUUUGUAUAAAAAUGUCUCAGGUCCGACUGCUGAGAACGCUGCUGAAACAACGACUGGCUGCUGCUGCUGACGACGACGAAGAAGUAUUUGUAUUGUUUGAAAGAACGAUAGCGGAGUACGAAGAGGAAAUCGGUCGUUUAAAAGAAGAAAACAAACGACUUAAAGUGCUGGAUGCUGUUUUCUGGCCUGACGUUUGUUUAUACAGAGCAGACACGCAGCAGCUGUUGGUGAAUAAAGAAGACAUUGUCCCUGAGCAGCAGGAAAGGAAUCUAAGUCUGGACCAGGAAGACUCAAAGCCUCCAAAUGUGAAACAAGAACACGAGAAACCAUGGACAAGUUGGGAAGAGAAGCAGCCUUCACUUCUGAAGGAGGCUGAUUUCACCAAGUUCCAUUUCACUGCUGUUCCUGUGAAGAUUGAAAAUAAUGAUGAGAACUUGGAUUCAUUGCAGUUUUAUCAAAGCAAAACUGAUUACAGUGCAGAGGCAGAGCCUGUAGCUUGCAACUCAACUGAUCAUAGAAUAUUGAAAAUGGAAGCUGGUAUAGAGGACUGUGAAGAGCUACAACCAGCCAGAAUCUCAGAUCCAUAUCUCCAUUUACAAAUAGAUACUGAUGACAGGAGUUCAGACUCUUCUGAACCUGAGACUGAUGACAGUUAUGAAGGGAAUCAGACCGAAGAACCUCAUUCAGGUUUAAACUGCCUGACAAACGAUGAUGCAGUAUAUAUUCAUAACAGUAAGUUUCACCAAAUACAUGUGGAACAAGAGUAUCCUUCAGGACUAAAGCGAACUGUACCUUUAAAUAGCUCACAGUGCAGGGGCUGCAUGAUUGAGAGACAUGGUGAUCGUCCUGAACGGAGCGGCUCAAAAGUCAGGCAAGUUAACCAGCACCUCAGGAGAAGUUAUGACGCUAACUUUAAGCUCAUGGUGAUAAAUGCAGCAGAAUCAUCAAACAACUAUCAAGCAGCCAAAAAAUACGGUGUGACAGAGUGUAAUAUUCGUAGAUGGCGAACCCAAAAAGAUUGUCUUAAAAAUUCUAACAGUCAGCGAAAAGCUUACCGUGGUCCUAAAAAUGGCCGCUUUCAGGAAAUUGACAGGAAAGUGUGGCAGUAUGUGGUUGAUAAAAGAAAUGAGGGGCUGCCUAUAACCAGAGCUGCCAUCCGACUGAAGGCCCUGGAGAUCGCCGAAGAGCUGAAUAUUCCCACUAGUGAGUUCAAAGCAAGUCUCAGCUGGUGCAGAAGAAUGAUGCGGCGUAAGGGAAUAUCAUUACGCAGCCGAAGUCAUCUUGGUGAGCCCAUGCACCCUGACUUCAGAGAGAAGCUACUGUCUUUUCAGUGUUGUGAUUGGCUUAAGGAAGAAAUACUCCUACCCCCUGGACCAGAUGAGCAGUGCGAAUCAAACACCUGUGGUUUUUGACAUGCCAAAUCUGUUACUGUGCAAAAGGUGAGACGUGAGUCAUGUAGGCCAUAUAUUGCAGCUAUAAAAGGUUUUAUUUUUUG